AUGGCGCUCUCCCCGUACGUGCAGUCCAUGCAGGAGCUGUUCCGGGCCAACACGCGCAUCCGCGAGUUCCCCGCGCACGUGGCCAAGGUCCACUCGGUGGCCUGGAGCUGCUGCGGCCGCCGCCUCGCUUCCGGCUCCUUCGACAAGACCGCCAGCGUCUUCGUGCUCGACAAGGACCGGCUGGUGAAGGAGAAUAAUUACCGUGGCCAUGGAGACAGUGUGGAUCAGUUGUGCUGGCACCCCAGCAACCCGGACUUAUUUGUCACUGCGUCUGGAGACAAAACCAUCCGUAUAUGGGAUGUCCGCACUACUAAAUGUAUUGCCUCUGUGAAUACCAAGGGGGAGAAUAUUAACAUUUGUUGGAGCCCCGACGGACAGACUAUUGCAGUAGGGAACAAGGAUGAUGUGGUCACCUUCAUUGAUGCUAAAACAUAUCGGUCCAAAGCUGAGGAACAGUUCAAGUUUGAGGUGAAUGAGAUCUCUUGGAACAAUGACAACAACAUGUUUUUUCUCACCAAUGGCAACGGUUGCAUCAACAUCCUCAGCUAUCCAGAGCUGAAGCUCAUCCAGUCAAUUAAUGCCCAUCCUUCAAACUGCAUCUGUAUCAAAUUUGACCCAACGGGCAAGUAUUUUGCUACAGGAAGUGCUGAUGCAUUGGUUAGCCUCUGGGAUGUGGAUGAGCUUGUAUGCGUGCGAUGCUUUUCUAGGCUUGACUGGCCUGUGAGGACACUGAGUUUCAGCCAUGAUGGGAAGAUGCUGGCUUCAGCCUCUGAAGAUCACUUCAUUGACAUUGCUGAGGUAGAAACAGGAGAGAAGCUGUGGGAAGUGCAGUGCGAGUCUUCAACGUUCACUGUGGCUUGGCAUCCAAAGCGGCCCCUGUUGGCCUUCGCCUGCGAUGACAAAGAUGGCAAAUAUGAUAGCAGCAGAGAAGCUGGAACCGUGAAGCUCUUUGGUCUUCCCAAUGACUCAUAAGAGAAGCCUCCUGGGGACUGUAUUUGUAACCUGGUAUUCCUAGCCCACAUAUGCAUUGCUUCUCUGUUUCCAAUUUUUGAGCAGGAGCAGCACCAUCGUUUGACAUUCCCAUGCCUAGAAAGUUUGCUUUUUGAAGCUUUUGUAAAAUGCCCAACCAUUCUAAAAGGCACAGAGGCUGACUGGCUGACUAAAUUCUCCAAUUUCUAGGCCGUUAAUUGUUUUUUAUUGCAAAGAGGAAGCUACAGCUGCCAGUGGAUUUGAGUGUCUUGUGUGCUGUGCGUUCAGUUAGGAAAACAAUCCCUGCCCUCUAGUUUCUCAGGAUGUAGCAGGCAGUCCCUCUAAAUCCAUGUGACUGUGCCAUUGUCAUGACUUGUGUCUCCCUUAAAAAUGGAAAGACUGGGGAAUACUGUAUGCAGGUUUUCUGUUGUCCCGUUUCGAAUCCUCCUUUUCCUUUGGAGGAGUGCGCGUCUUGCCUCCUUUGGAGGUUGUGUGUGUGUCUUUCAUUCCUUUUGCACCUUAGGGUAAUGAAAGGAGAAGGGAUCGGGAAUAGGGUUAUUUUUUGUUUGAACCUGUUCUUGUAUUUUGGAUAAUUUGUUUCAGUAAAUAAAAACAUAAAACCUGUCUAUGUUGUAGUUUUUAAAAAGCCAAUAUAUUGAACUACCAGGAUGUACAAAUAAUGCAAUUCCAAGAAUACCCCUCUGUGCCACUGUUUUCUCUGAAGAACAGCAUAAUGAAACUGGAAGGCGCAAAGAAAAGGCAAACUUAGGGAUGUUUUUGUUUUGCAUGGGGCUUCUUGGAAGCAUUUGGCUGGCUGCUGUAAAUUGGGAUGCUGAAGUAGAAUGAUGUUUAGUCUAAUCCUUCAGGUUUCCUGCCACAGUCACCCUAGCUGCUGGUGCUUCAACACCAUUCUUCCCGGUUAAGGCUUUCUUCCACCCCUUUAAGGACGUGCUUAGUGAUGUUUUUGGGUCACUCCUGGGUUUGGUGCUGUGCAUGUAUGCGCAGUGACACUUCGUUUGGACUCUCAUUAAUUGGUUGUUGCCUGUACUUUUAUUUUAUAUUGAGCAUUGCCUUCAAAUUAUUUUUGAAGAAGGGCAGCAUGUAAGUAUUUUAAAUAAAUGAACAUAAACAUCCUA